AUGGCGGCGCUGUGGGUGUCCCUGGUGGUGUCCACCACCACCCUCAUGCUGGCAGGCAGCCUGGUAGACCUGGGCAUGUCCUGGAGCCAGGGCGUGUUCACCGUGUUUGUGGGUAACCUGGUGACACUGGUGCCCCUGGUGCUGAAUGCCUAUCCUGGGACCAAGUAUGGCAUCCCGUUCCCCGUGCUGGCGCGCGCCAGCUUUGGGAUCAAGGGCGCCAACUUGCCGGCCCUGUCUCGCGGCUUGGUGGCGUGCGGCUGGUUUGGGAUCAACACGACCAUUGGGGGCAGCUCAAUAUUUCAGAUGCUGCAGGCCGCCACAGGCGGCGCCAUCUCAGCCACUGUGAUCCCGUGGUUGGGCAUCUCCCCGCCGGAGCUCGCCUGCUUCGGCCUCUUCUGGGCAAUACAGGUGGCGAUCAUCGUCCAGGGCAUCAACUCCAUCAAGGCCAUUGAGAAGUACUCAGCCCCUGUCCUCGUCGCCCUGGCCCUCGCCCUGCUCGCCUGGGCGGUCGCCUCCGCCGGCGGCUUUGGCCCCAUGCUGUCCGCCCCGAGCCGCCUGGCCACGGCCGGCGAGUUUACGCGCGUGUUUGUGCCGGCGGUGACGGCGCAGGUGGGGUACUGGGCGACGCUGGCGCUCAACAUACCAGACUUUGCGAGGUAUGCCACUUCGCAGCGCGCGCAGCUGCUGGGCCAGGCGUGGGGCCUGCCCGUCACCAUGGCCCUCUUCUCGUUCGUGGGGCUGGCGGUGACGUCAGCGAGCGCCGUGAUCUACGGCGCACCCAUCAUCGACCCGGUGCAGCUGCUCAGCCGCACCCGGCAGCCGGCGGCGAUCCUCGUGUCCCUCCUCGGCCUCAUCCUCGCGACACUCACCACCAACAUCGCCGCCAAUGUGGUCGGGCCCGCGAACGCCUGCGUCAAUCUGGCGCCCCGCGCCAUCUCCUUCGCCACCGGAGGCGUCAUCACCGCUGUCCUGGGAGCGGUGAUUAUGCCCUGGCGCCUACUCAGCAGCAGCAGCGCAUUCGUUGGCUGGCUGGUCGCCUACUCAUCACUUCUGGGCCCCGUAAUCGGCGUGAUCAUCGCCGACUUUUGGAUCGUCCGAGGCAGGACCUUGGACGUCGACGGACUCUACUCCACCAGCCCGCAGGGGCCCUACUUUUACAGCAGAGGCUACAACCGCGCGGCCGUGGCUGCCGUACUGGCAGGCGUGGCCCCCUGCCUGCCCGGCAUGGCGGCGGCCCUCGGGCUGUCGUCAUCACCCGCAGGGCCCUUCUUUGCGGCAGUGUACGACGCCGCCUGGUUUGUGGGCGCGGCGGUGGCGACUGGGGUGUACGUGCUUCUGAUGCGGCCGGCAACAUCAGGCGAAGCGGCGGGCGGCGGCGCGGCCGCCUCUCCAGCUUGA